AUGGCCCACCGACCCGGAACAACGGAGAACCAUCGCGUCGGAUGUUCUAGCACUGCUUCCCCAGGCUAUUACUACCCGCUCGAGAUUCUCGGACGAUCAGUAACGCACUUCAAGGAGCCACUCUCGAAUAGCCAACAACUCUUCAUCUACACAGUGCAAAAGUACUGGACGCGAUUGAUGCAGAGGCUAUAUAACACUAAGGUAUGGGACGUACCAGGCAAUAGUACGAAAGACGAAGAAUAUUUUGCUCGAGAACGCAUUAUAGUGGCACAACUGACACUCCCAUUUGUACCUCCUGCUCGUAUACACAGAAUUGUCGACGAUCCCAUCGACCUUACAAUCCCUGUCCUUGUCCGCGCUUCAUUGCACGGCACCCUUGAUACCGAGCCUGAUCAAUCCGAGUUUCAUAUCAUCACCGGAGAAGUUCUCUACUCCUUCCUCGUUGCAUCGACGGAUGCUUCGAGUUCACUUUCACCUUCGUCCCGCGCGGCCCUUCCCUCCCCGCAGAGCGUGCUACGCAAAAUUAUCAAAGGCGCCUCUGGCUCCAUCGACACUCUCUUGACCAAACUCGCCUGGUAUCUCACUUGGCUCAAUAUCGAAGAGACGUACAUUUGCGUCAAUCUCGUCGAUACCGUGGUGCAGCUGGCGAAGAAUGGUAAAGCAACCUACAAACGCGUCUUGAGGAAUGAGGCGCUGUGGAGUGAGCUGUUAAAAGUGUUCAAGAAGACAGGAGAGAAGGGUGGCAUGGACAUCGUGAAGAACGACGCUAGAAUUGGAGACCAGGUCGCGUUUGUCAUAUUCGGGAUGAUGCUGGAUGGCCUGAGGUACGGCAAACACGAGGCGCCAGACGAAUAUGAGCCACUAGCGGCAUUAUUGGUUAUGAACGAGCUAAUCGAAACUCUCGACGUGUUCUUGUCGUCGCUGGUCGCGCGGCGAGACGCAGCCGUGAUAAUGAGCAAUUUUGCUGCGGCAUCCACUAUAGUACCCAUCAAGUUCCUGUUCGACUUUCUCCAUCACGCCCUCUCGAUACAUCCUACACUGACAGGAGUUCUGCGUCCAUGUCUGCCUCGCCCGCGUAUCGUACGCUCUCUCCUCGAAGCUGCCUUCAUUCCGGGAGGCCCUCGCAGCCUUAUCGACUCGAAGCCCACACCUCGUGGCCUUGACCCGCCUCAAAUAUCAAUCCACACGAACUAUGAGAACUUUGCCAGAUUGGAGAGGGAAGUGCGUCGAGGAACCGACGAGGAAGACACCAAUUGUGGAAGGAGAGGAUGCGAGGAAAGGGCUGAGGCGAGGUGUUCUGGGUGCCAAUCCAUCAAAUAUUGUGGAAACCAAUGUCAGACGAGCGAUUGGAAUGAGCACAAGCUGGUCUGUGGAUAUGUGUUUGAGCGUUACAUCCACGACGGGACGUUGAUGGAGAGGAUCUCCCUGCCAAAGACCAUGGCGAAAAAGGCGAAGCUCGAAGAUAUUUACAGCACAAUCCCGGUGACUUUCCUCCCUCUACCGCUCGAAAUGCCAAACAGCUUCUUUGACUUCAACCCGCUCCACAAACUCCAGCCGUGGUCAAUGGCCUACGUAUAUCAGUUACACCUUCCAACUGUGGGUUCAACGGUGGAGGACGAAUCUGCUCCCUGA